AUGAAAAAGAGAGCCAAGAAAAAUAAGGAAGUCAUAAUAGAAGUAGUACCAACCAGCCUGAGUACUCCACUUAGGCUGCAACAAGCACCAUCAAGCCCAUUGGACCUUAACUAUAGUCCUGGAGCACUAACUAGGAGCCAAGCUAAGAAAAUUGCAAGAGACCAAGUCACAAGUCACGGAGUACCAGCCAACACAAUUAGUACACCACUCAAAAUUCAGCUAGGACCAUCAAGCCCACUGUACCUUGACAACAGUCCUGGAGCAUUGACUAGGAGCCGAGCAAGAAAACUAGCAAUGGAGGAAGCCGAGGUGCUUGGUACAGUGGCGCUGGAGCAACUCAUGCAGCCCUGA